CGAGCUCAGACAGAGUUUAGCAAGCGAAUAGUGAACAUUGUGUUUACUGCAAGUAAAACCAAACGACUACGACUUAUUGUUACAUAUAUACGAAACGAACGAUACAAAGCGAUAAAACAUGUCGAAAGCCCCAGCAGUUGGAAUUGACUUGGGCACCACGUAUUCAUGCGUCGGUGUUUUCCAACAUGGAAAAGUUGAGAUCAUUGCAAAUGAUCAAGGAAAUCGAACGACGCCAAGUUAUGUCGCCUUCACAGACACAGAAAGAUUGAUCGGCGACGCGGCCAAAAACCAGGUCGCCAUGAACCCGAACAACACCAUUUUCGACGCGAAGAGAUUGAUUGGCCGCCGCUUCGAUGAUGCAACGGUACAAAGUGACAUGAAGCAUUGGCCCUUCACGGUGGUGAACGAUGCAGGCAAACCAAAAAUCAAGGUUUCGUACAAGGGUGAAACGAAGUCCUUCUUCCCUGAAGAAGUAUCUUCGAUGGUACUUACGAAGAUGAAAGAAACAGCAGAGGCGUAUUUAGGAAAGAUUAUCACCAACGCUGUCAUCACCGUUCCUGCAUACUUCAAUGACUCUCAGAGACAAGCUACCAAAGAUGCAGGAGCAAUAGCAGGCUUAAACGUUUUGAGAAUAAUCAACGAACCAACCGCGGCGGCGAUAGCUUAUGGUUUAGACAAAAAGUCUUCAGGAGAGAAGAACGUAUUGAUCUUUGACUUGGGAGGUGGCACCUUCGAUGUCUCCAUUCUGACUAUUGAAGAUGGUAUCUUUGAAGUCAAGUCGACGGCAGGCGAUACUCACCUCGGCGGAGAAGACUUCGACAAUCGAAUGGUGAAUCACUUUGUUCAGGAGUUCAAGAGGAAAUACAAGGACUUGAGUUCGAAUAAGAGGGCGCUUAGACGAUUGAGAACCGCGUGCGAAAGGGCUAAGAGAACGUUGAGCUCGUCAACGCAAGCCAGUAUCGAGAUAGAUUCUCUUUUCGAGGGCAUUGAUUUCUACACAUCGAUCACCAGAGCAAGAUUCGAAGAACUUUGCGCGGAUCUAUUCAGAAGCACAUUGGAACCGGUUGAGAAGGCUCUGAGAGAUGCCAAGAUGGACAAGGCACAUGUUCACAGUAUCGUUCUAGUCGGCGGAUCUACCAGGAUACCAAAAAUCCAGAAAUUACUGCAAGACUUCUUCAAUGGGAAAGAGUUGAACAAGUCCAUCAAUCCUGACGAAGCUGUUGCCUAUGGCGCAGCUGUACAGGCUGCCAUUUUGCACGGUGACAAAUCUGAAGAAGUCCAAGACUUACUGUUACUGGACGUCACGCCAUUGUCUCUGGGUAUAGAAACAGCUGGUGGUGUGAUGACAACUUUGAUCAAACGGAACACAACGAUACCGACCAAGCAAACUCAAACCUUUACCACGUAUUCUGACAAUCAACCUGGUGUAUUGAUCCAAGUAUACGAAGGAGAGAGAGCUAUGACCAAAGACAAUAAUAUUCUCGGCAAAUUCGAGCUUACUGGCAUUCCACCUGCACCUAGGGGCGUACCUCAGAUCGAAGUCACAUUCGAUAUCGAUGCUAAUGGUAUUCUGAACGUCUCUGCCGUUGAGAAAUCAACUGGAAAGGAGAACAAGAUUACCAUCACGAACGACAAGGGGCGAUUAUCGAAGGAAGAUAUCGAAAGGAUGGUGAACGAAGCAGAAAGAUACCGCAACGAAGAUGAACAACAACGCGAUAGGGUAUCCGCCAAGAAUGCUUUGGAAUCUUAUUGCUUCAACAUGAAGAGUACAAUGGAGGAUGAGAAGAUCAAAGAUAAGAUCGAUUCAUCUGACAAGCAGAAGAUCAUCAAUAAAUGCAACGAAGUAAUCUCGUGGUUGGACGCGAAUCAACUAGCGGAGAAGGAGGAAUUCACCGAUAAACAGAAAGAAUUGGAGGCCGUCUGCAAUCCUAUUGUUACUAAAUUGUACCAAGGCGGAGCCCCACCUGGUGGAUUCCCUGGUGCUGCUCCAGGAGGUGGUAGCGCAGGUGCUGGAGGACCAACAAUCGAAGAAGUUGAUUAAAUACAAUAACAUUGACCACUGAACUGAGCAUCUUUUUACGCUUCAUUUUAUUUAUUUCUUUCAACUGUACAGUCAUCAACAUCAAUUUUCAUACUCGUUUUACAUUAGUAAUAUAUAUAUUGUGAGAUCAGAGACUUUAUUUUGCUGUAAGAAAAUAUUUAAAUUCGUAAUAUAUACAUAAUUUAUUUGUUACAAAAGAAUCGUGUGUACUUGUAUUAUCUAUAUUAUCCUUCUACUUGCACACAUUUACUUUACCUACGUAUGAAAGAUUUAUCUCAAUAUAGAUAGAGCUCUCCUUCUUCUCUGCAGCGCUCAUGUAGAUCCUGGACAGUGAUGAAAGCAUUCGUAGAGCACAACAGCAGAUCAACUUCAUAAAUUUCAUUCACUGUCAUUAUUAUGUAACACAUGACUGCAAGAAACCAUAAAGCUAAAGCUAAAGUUAAAGAACAUAAAAUUCUCACAAAAUUGUUUCAUAGUGGCACAGAGUGAGGGGACAAGAAAAGUAAUUUCUCUUUUGAUAAGAAGAGCGAGGAAAAGCCAAUUUUGGCUUAGAUAUUAAAUUCUGUUCUUCAGCCAGAAGGAUGCACGCUCUGUUCCACUUACGUCACCCACUCUGAAUUUAUGCGCCAAGAAAGAUGCCAGCAUUCUGCAUACGUGCCGUUAUGCAAUCUAAUUUUCUUCUAAUUUUCCUUCAAUCUUCAAGGCGAUCCAAUAUGACAGUUUUGACUGUCUGAUCAUCUCGUUGAUCGCUCUGAAUCUGUGGCAGAUCAUAUACACGAUCGAACACGAAGCUGUUCGCUAUAAUCUGUGCGAUUGUCUAAUAAAGAAGUAGAUCAGACGUAAAGAUUUGGUCAGGUGCAAUGAAGUAAUAAUAAAGACCGUGAACAGUUAAUGAUACUGGACAAUAGUGUUAUAAAAAUGGCCGAGAUCUGAUUUUCAUCGAUCGACAAUUCUCUACCAAUAUUCUGACCCAACGACUCCAACAUCUUCAUCAAUUCAGGCCAUUUAUCGUAAUGUCUCAUUAUGUGAUAAACGUAAUAAAUAGGCUGCAAAGUGGCACACGGUUUUGUUCAUGCAGUACAUGAUACUUCGAAUAGCUCGCUGAAUUAUUUGCCAAAAUUUGCAAAGUCCAUUGCACUGUACGCUGAAGUGGAUUGCUCGUGGGACGAUGGUGAUCCAUUUUGGACAAUUUAUCGGUCUGGCACCUACACCUAGUAAACAAGAAACGUACAUUAUUGGACGUGUGUUCUAGUUUCCUUGGAUUAUCCUUCACUCGAAUGUCAAUCUCCUCCUCCAUGAUGAACUAAUUCUUAUUAUUAAAUGAAAGUUUAUAACUGGUAGAAACGAGGUGUUCAAUUCUCAGAAGCGACGUAGACCAUCGAGUCUUCAAUUGGAGGAUUCUUGGCCCGCACGGUUUACUAGUAAAUUCGAGUCGGAUAACGCGAAGAAAUUCAUACAGAAUUUAAUAAGUUUCAAUGGGAUUUGUGCGUGCCACUUACACUUUCAUUGAAAGUGGAGUAGGCAUUAAAUCAAAAAAAAAAAAAAAAAA